AUGUUGAAAUUACCGCAAAUCGACAAUAUAUUAUACAGCGGACCAUCGAAAUCGAGAUUGUCGUCGUUCGAAGCCGGUGAUCUUCUCGGCGAAGCCGCGAUUCUUGUCUAUCGCGACGCGCCGAAAUCGUUUUUCAUUCACGCGAUCCAUUGCUAUUUCGUCGGCAAUGAAUACUCGAAAACACCCACAUUUGUUGUGAAAAACGUGCGCGACGGUCGGAAUUUUGCAAUUCGCCACGUCGAUAUUCUGCGCCCGAAUGGCGACGCGAUGGCCGUUGCCGAGUUUUCGUUGCAGCGCGACGUCGAGAAUCCCGUGAUCAGCGUGUUUCCGGAAUUCCCGAGAAACGUGCUGGCGCCCGAACAUUUUGAAAAUGGCCGAAAUUCCGAUUGCGUCGAAUUUCGUCGGGUUCCGAACGCGAUCAAUGGAAAACACUACAUAUGGAUUCGCUGCAAAACACCAAUAGACGACUCGGAUCCCUUCCAAAAGCACGCCAUUUUAAUAAAGUUGUCAGAUCUUCAAUUGUACGGAAAUGAUAUUCAAACGCGUCGAGACCAUUCCAUAUGGCUUCACCAAACUAAGUUUGAUGCCGCCGACUGGUUGUUGUACGAGUACGAGUUCGCCGGAAAACCCAACCCCUACUGCCUCGUCAAUGCCAACAUCUGGUCUCGCGACGGCAAAAUUCUCAUGUCAACAUCGCAAGAAGUCUCAACGACAAAAACAAGAAGCAAAAUGUGA